AGUGGAAUUUUGUUGAGGUUUCGAUGUUUCCACUUUAUUGCGAUUUAUCUGAAAAAUUAAUCAGCUUUUAAGCUGUUAUUCAUCAUAUUGCCAUGCUCGUAUUGCAUAAAUCGCCCUCGAAGAACGUUGGCUGAAACGGUUUGUACAGUUGUGCAAAUUAUUUCCGGGUUUCUACGUUGCAUUAGCCUUGAGAAAUUCGAUUGCGAUAAAACCUGACCUUCGUUUGCUGGGACAACCCAACAAACUUAGCGCACACGAUCAUUGGAACUACAUAGGACAGUGUCACUAAAGUCCAUCGUGUUUGUAGGCUUGGAAAAACUAGGAAUAAGCCCUAUGCGAUGGCCUCUGCAACAUCUGCAUUUGCAUCCAAAGAAAAAGCAAAUUAUUAUCGGUUAUACCGCCUUCUGGUCGAGGUGGGAUCUGAGGUACUAAGAGAGACUUUUGACAAGGUUCGUCCUUCAGGGGACCUUGACAAACUGUUAGCUGCUCCUCGAAUAAGUGCUAAGUUACGGUCACUUUGGCAGAAAGAAGUCCUCAGCUCUUCGCAAUGGGACAAAUUGUACCCAUCGGUUCGAUCUACAGUUUCAUCGAAAGAAUUUGACACCGCCUUGCUAGGAAUUCUUCUGAUUAGCAUUUGUAAUCUUCAACCACCUGAGACAGGGUGGAAUGAAUUUCCCCCUAACACAGAUACAACUAUUCAGGCUGACAUCAUUCGCUUACGUUUCUACUAUAUUAUGGUUCACAAGCUCUCUAAAUGGGCUGCAAUUGAUGACACAACACUUAACUUCUUCUGGAAAAAUAUCCAAGAUAUCUUAGUGCGUUUAGGAGGAGAAUUUUAUAGGAAGCCUAUCGAUGAUCUUAAAAGGGAACGUCUAGACGCCGAUUGUGAGGAACACUAUAACAUGCUCUUUAAACCAAAGGAUGCGAGGGAAAAUCCCUUUUCAAUGAAAGCCAUAUUCAGAAGAGCGCUGGUAGACGCAUUGCAAGAUGUACUUGGUUUUUUGGAUACAGAAACGGUAGUACUGAUGAUCAUGAGUCAUUUAAAAGAGGUGUAUGAAAUUGUUAAAUUGCUGAGAUCGCAAGAUAUCCCAGCAAAGAAGAACGCAGCAAGUACACUGGCCAAAAAUUUCAUCAUUUUGCUUUGGUUUGUUUCAUGCACAGAGUACUUCAUUGUACCUGAAGAAAUCCUUGCACGUGGUCCCUUGACAUUACAUGCUUACAACAAGGCUCUCAUGGAGGGAAAAACAAAAGUAAGAAGAUUGCCAAUCAUGUUAAUUGGACAGGAUCGAGCAGGAAAGACCAGUCUGAAAAGAUCACUCAAGGGAGAGAAGUUUAAUGCCAAUGAAAAGAGUACGUCAGGAAUAGAGGUGGAUCCUUCUCAUUGUGAAGUAACCACCGAGGUAUGGAAGCUACAAAACCUCGAUCAAAAUAGUUGCUAUACUCCCGCUACUUCAUUUGAACAUCAAGCAGCACGACUUGUUGUAAAUGAAUUGAUUGAUACAAACGAGAUUUGUGGUGGUACAAAUGGGCCACCAACUGACACUACACGGAAUUCUCAGGCCAAAUACGAUCCCUCGAUGACCUGCGACAGCCUUCAAUCAACGCACGAGAUUAGCCACUCAAAUGACUCAGCCCAAGCGCAAGAGCAGGCCUUGACUGAACCUGGCAUUUCUGAAGAGUUAGUGGACUUAAUUAGAAGUCAAUUGUUCGAAGAUGUUAAGUCAGACUAUGAGGAAGAGAUUUAUUCAACUCUGUGGGAUUUUGGUGGGCAGCUGGUUUACUAUGUCACACACCCUCUCUUUUUGACAAAGCGAGCUAUCUACAUUUUAGCCUAUGACCUCAGCUGGAAUCCCAGUGAUCCAGCUGGUCCAUCCGAGAGACGAGGAUUGUUUGGGAAAGUAGAAGACAGGUUUUGUUUGGAGACCAACUUUGACUACCUGGACUCAUGGAUGUCAUCUGUGGCUUCCUUAGUCGAUAAUUUUAACGGUCAUCAUUCAAAUAUCAAGCUAUCUGACAACCUGCCAGGAAUGCUUCCCCCGGUUUUCCUAGUUUGUACUCAUGCUGAUCAAGCAUAUGGUGAUCAGGAUCCUGCCUCGCUGGCGGCCAGUAUCUUUGGAUCUCUUCAAGGCAAACUGUACAGUUCCCACUUGUUUAAAAGUGUCUUUGCUGUAGAUAACACAAAGGCGGGCUCCAAGCACGAGUGUCCAGAGGUCAAACGUUUAAGACGAGAAAUCCUUUCCGUUGCUGAGGAGCUACCGCAUGCCAAGGAGGACAUUCCAUUAAAGUGGCUAAAGUUUGAAAAAGAACUACGCCUCAGGAUCAAUGAGGGCAUUAAAUGGAUCACUUUUGAAGACGCAAGGCAAAUUGCAUUUGAAAAGUGCCAUAUUUCUGACGAACUAGAAUUUACGACGUUGUUAAACUUUUUACACGACCAGCGUAUUGUGAUUCAUUUUUGUGACACACCGAGUCUAAACAAGAUGGUUGUUUUAGACAUGCAGUGGCUUAUCGAUGUUUUCAAGAAGGUGAUCACUGUUGAGCCGUAUGGUGUGGAAGGAAGUCAUUACAGAGACCUUUGGCUCAAACUUGAGAAAACUGGUAGUCUAGAUGAAGAACUGCUUGCGCACGUGUGGGGCGCUUUGUAUCAGCAGAGGGAAGUCUUCCAAAGUCUUAUUCAAAUCAUGGAGAAGUUCAGCCUAAUGUGCGAAUGGCCAUCGUCAAAUGACAGGAAGCAGUACCUUGUGCCGUCCAUGCUUAUGUCUUACCCGUCCGAAGACGUGGUUGGUCUUGUUGCAACUUCUCGACUUCCGUCCCUGUAUAUCUCGUUCCACUCCCGUCAGGUUCCCACCAGCUUGUUUCCGCGAAUGGUUCUACAGUUUUACCAAUGGUGUUCUGAAGAAUGGCCAAAUUCAUGCCAACCACAACUAUACCGCAAUUUUGCGAGGUUCCUGGUCCUACCAAAGGAAGGUUGCUCUAUCAUUCUCGUUUGCCACUCUUCCUUCAUCGAAGUCGUUCCUCACUGGGCAUCAGGAGUUUGUAGUACCUCCAACGGUUCAAAAGGGAACGUCGAUUUGCCUGCCAUUGUGUCUGAUCAACCUCCUGAUGUUCACGUCGCACGGGCCGUCAGAAGGCAAUUGGGUUUGAUGCAGGAAUGUAUGCGCAAGGAGUUCCCUUGGUUGAAAAACAUGGAAUGGCAACUGAAAGUGCUUUGUUCGGUAUGUUGCCGGGGGAAGUCCGUUGAUUUUUGUCGCGACCAUGGAAUGAAAAAUUGUAGGCAAGAGCAUUGCCUGCACUUCUGGUCAGAAGCCGAUUUUGCUCGAAAUCAACAGUUCGUUGUUUGUGAGAGGUCUGCUUGUGCUGCCGAUCCCAGAUUGGACAUCAGGAAGUUUGCACCGUGGUACACCUUUCUGGAUGAGCAAGUUAACAAAGUACAAGUUCAUCAUGACGACUAUUUUUCAAGAAAACUUUGUUCUGUGGAGGAGAAGAAAGCGAAAGAACUUGUUCUCUCGAGUGGCGCUGUUGAGUCCCUUCAGUCGAGGACUGAUGCUUUAAGUGUUGUCGUUCCAAUUCUGGACAAGCUGCAGUUAAGCCAAGAGGCUUUGACAAAUCCCGUACCUGAAACCACCAGAGUAGUCCGUUGCCUUGCCAGAAUAGCUAAGAGAGAAAAUCGCACCGACGUAGUGAAGCAUUUGAGGCAAAUAACUUCAGCUGGAACUGCAGGUCCACUUUUGCCCGAAGAACUCGGUCUUCAAGAAAUUCCUCAGUCACAGAUUGUGGAACUUACGAUGAGCUUGAGUGGUGGAGAAGAGUGGAAGCUGCUUGCAGAGAAACUGGGUCUGAAAGACACCGAGAUCCGUUACCUUGACAAGAGAACCAUGAAUCCAUGUCUUGAGGCUCUAGUGCACAGCCAUCGGCAGCGUUUUAUUGACGUGGGUAGGCUUUACGAUACCUUGAUCGAAUGUGAACAGCCCAUUAUAGCUGACUUGUUAUAAGAAACGAGCUACAGACCAUUUCCUUUUUUGUAACAGUUCUAAAGUUAAUUAGCAACAGACGUAUUUGUGAGGGAGCAUUGGAUUCUAGGGCGGGUUGAACUACUGUUUGCAAUUUAACUCCAUUUUGGCGAAAAAAACCGCCGCUUCUUUUUUACCUUUUUUUUGGCUUUGUUUGGCGAUCUAUUCCUCCCGUCUAACGUUUUCCCUCGCCUCUUAUGUCUGCGCAUCGGUCUCGAACAAUUAAGUAUUUUAAGACAAAACCAUAUUUAUUAGUAAGACUGUGGUGACGAUGCCACUGAAUCAUAAACUGCUAUUCGGCUUUGAAAGUACGCUAUCAGUUUUUCUUUUUCUGGGUACCAAUUAUUUUGAGAUGCCUGACAUUGCUUUUUAAUGCUGGAGUUGUAUAAGCCAUUCCUGCUCAGAUGCAAGAGCGUAAGUCCUAGGAGUUCUAGCGAGGUCUAAUGUUGGCAACAGAAAUGCCGUGAAAAAAAAAAGUGAGUGGCAUGAGACUAAAUCGAAGGGCUAUGCCUUCAAGAAUAGUUUGCGUUCCUGAUUGAAUGGCGGCUUUCAGACGAACUUAGCAAGCGUCAAUAUCUCUUCAUUUAAAAAGGUUUAUAUCUUCAAAAUUUUGAACGAAAAAAAAAACUACGUUUAUUAACCGUAGGGAUAUAUUUACUUAAGUAAGGUUUAUUUCCAUAGUUUCCAUAAGAAAACGCCAUAACGUGUAGGGUCAGUCGAGGUACCUAUUUUCUCCCAGAGUAUAAAUGGGACCAACGAACUGUUGGGAAUUCCGACGAAAAUGGCUUAGUCGGGGGUAUAGGGGUAUAGCAACGAUUUUAAUCCCUUAGUUUUUUUCCAAAUGGUGUAAAUUCCUGCAGUUUGUAGAUAAGUUGAAAAAAGGGGCUUUAUUGGCUCACGAUCAACUUGCAACUUAAAAGGCUAUAGCUUUUUGCUAGGAAUUCAUUUUGUAAACUUAGUGGACUAAAUUUCUGAGAGGGGAAAAUAAUUCUUGACUGAAGAAAGAGACCUAACGGCUUGCUCUCUUCUUGUUUUCAAGAUGCUUUUAUUAAAGAAGUCUGAAUUUGUUUUUCUGAUUCUUUUGAAAUUAAAGUAGCUCCAGCAGUUAACGGAAGCUUAAUGCUUCGGCAACGGCUACAUAUGCUGGUUUUUAUUUAUGUUAUUGUUAUAGCUUUUGUAUAAAGUUUCACUUCCACAUGAGAAGGUGGAUUGUUUAUCUUUUCAAUGCUGACCUCAAAUAGCUCUCAGAAGGUAAUAAAAGAGUUCACACGAAGGUGCGCAGACACUUAAUAGAGCUUUCAUCAAAUAGCCUCGUUAGAAGACGUCUUCAGCCCUCACGUGUGACGUAGGUAGUCUGUUCUGCUAUAUAUUCAAAUGUUAACAAAGAAAAAAAAUAGAGAGCUAUUUUUCUAGAAAUAAUUACUUAUUUCUGGUCACCAAGUGAUCUCAAGGCAAUUGCCGACUAUCUGAAAUUUUUUUAUCAUGUAGUGGUGUACAAUCAAAUUAGGAAUAAAUAGAUAACCAAGAUGUUAUGCAUCACCACGCUGGUUGAAUGAGCUUUUAUUUUUUAAAAAAUAACCAUUCAAGAAUUGAUUCAUUUGCUUUAAUCAUCCUAACAGUUGUGGUAAAAUACUUUUUAUAA